UUUUGGUUGCCACCACUUUUGAAAAUUGGGCCAUUUUCUUCUUCACAGAGGCAAGAGGUUUCUGAAGAAAAAUAUCCAACUGGUUAUUUUGAUGCUGCAUAAAAGUGUCAAUGUUUCCACUUCAGCUUUUAGGGUGGAAUUUAUAAUGCAGCAUAAGGAAGUUAGAUGCCUGAGUCCCAUAAUUCAAUGGGAGUUGGACACCUAACUCUUUUAUGCCCCUUUAAGAAUCCCAGCUUGUAUGUUUGUUUUGCUCUAUAGGUUUGGUGUGGUGAGUGGCAGAUUCCUUUCCAUCAGGGGAUAUUUGUUUUGGAGUCAACACCCUUGCUAUUGGCUCCAUUGAAAUGUCCAUGUGUGAGGAUAUGUUGCUGUGCAAUUACCGCAAGUGCCGUGUCAAGCUCUCAGGCUAUGCCUGGGUCACGGCUUGCUCACACAUCUUCUGUGACCAGCACGGUAGUGGGGAAUUCAGCCGUUCAUCAGCAGUCUGUCCUGCCUGCAACAGUGCCCUCUCUGGCAAGCUAGACAUUGUUCGCACCGAGCUAAGUCCCUCUGAAGAACACAAGGCCAUGGUUUUGGCUGGACUUCGGCCAGAGACUGUGCUGGACAUCAGCUCCCGCGCACUCUCCUUCUGGACAUACCAGUGGUCAAAGAAGCCUGUCACACCUGUCAUAAUCUCCACAUGGCAGGUUCACCAGGAGCACCUGUACCAGGAAUACACCUACAGCAAGGCUGAGGGACACCUGAAGCAGAUAGAGAAGGUGUACACUCAGCAGCUGCAGAGCAAGGACAUGGAACUGACCUCCAUGAAAAGCGAGGUCUCCUCCCUGAAGAAGAUGCUGGAGGAGUACAAGAAGAAGUUCAGCGAGCUCUCUGAGAAGCUCAUGGAGCGGAAUCGCCAGUACCAGAAGCUCCAGGGCCUCUAUGACAGCCUCCGUCUGCGCAACAUUGCCAUGGCUAAUCAGGAGGCUGCCCAUGAGCCUCCCAUGAUGCCUCAGUCUGCUGUCUUUGGCUUCCCAUUGGGUAAUGCUGCCAAGUUCCCUGGGCAUGCCACGCCGGUCCGGGGCAGGUGUGGGGAGGGAGACUUCCACUUCAAACCCUUCUUUGCCACAUCCCCACCUGCGGAUGAAUCCAGCAACAGCUUCUUCACCUUCGCCUCUCCCAGCAAUGAGCUGGAGCCACAUCCUGGAGCCAGCAGGGCCUACAAGAUGAAGAGGAUAUAACCGACAUCCUAGGAAAUGCCUACCUCUCCUGUUCUUCAACACAGGCCAGAACCCCAAUAUCUCCCAGCAGGCCCUAAGUGCCUAUGCCUAGGCGGUAAGUACUGCUCUGUCUUCUGUUGGCUGCAAGGGAGCCCUGUUCUGCAGGGAGUGGGACAGAAGGCUUAGUAAAGGGCACUCUUCUUUAGUAGCCAAUGCUGGUGCCAGUGCUUCAGCACCAUGCUGGAGGUGCUGUGCUGCAGGGAGCAGGCAGGAGGCUCUGUAGGGGGUGUUCUGACAUUGUUUUCCUCUCCACACUAGGAAAAGGUGGAUCCUACAACAUCCUGUAACUCAGACCUGCACCUCAACAGAGCUACAGUGAGAAGGUGGGAGGGAGGAGAGUGGAAAGUGUGAUUGAAAGGCAUGGGAGCUCAGUAGGGGUGCUCUCUUCUGGAUGUCAGUGCUGGCAUCAGUGCCCCAAUGUGGUUCUAAAGUUGCACUGAGCUGCAGGAAGCAGGGCCAAGACUCAGUUGAGGUUCUUUCUCUUUGGCUGUCUAGUUAGAAAGAGCUGUGAUGUACUCUGGGUGUGUGUCUAUGUCUGUCUGUGUGCCUGCUGCCCCCUGUUGGAAGGAAUGAGCUCUGCUCAGGGUGUCUGUAUGUCACGGCUACUUUCUGGUCUAACCACUAGACCCCUCUUCCCUACCAGAGCCAGGAACUGAACCCAGGAAUCCUGUUUCCCCACACAUGCUGUUCUAACCCAGUGGACCCACCUCCACCUUGAGCCAGGAAUAGAAACCAGGACUCUUGGCUCCCAGCCCCUUCACUCUAACCCACUAGACCCCCUCAGGCCUGGAACAGAACCCAGGAGCCUUGGCUCCAAGCCCUGAUGCUGUAGGCAUAGGAUUGUGCUGUGUUUCUCUUGGAUCAGCUGCAUAAAUAUGAGGAGAAUUACACGGAGGCCCUGGAGAGUUUUCUCCAUGCAGCAUCCUUUGAGUUAGCCUGGCCCAAACCCUGGCAGCCCCAGCAGCAGCUCCUAGAUUUCCUGGAGUGCCUCCUGGAGAACAUGGUAGAGCAUCCACCCUGCUCCCUGCCCUUCCCUGCCUGGACUACCUGGAGACAUAUCUCAGUCAGUGACCCUGCCAUCCUUCCUCCCCAUGCAGAGCAAAGUGAAGGGUAACAAACUGCAGAGCACACUGGGAAGCCUGCACCCAUCCCAGCUGGGCCCCUGUGGGGAUGGGCGGUACCAGGGGUCCUUGGGCCAGAAGGUGGCACUGGAGCAUCGGCUCCUGAGUGCCCUGUAGCUGUGUGUGAACAUUGGGGCCAUAGUUCUGGGUAGGGUGGUCUUCAGCCUUACCACAGACGAGAAAGUGCCCUUGUGAGUACCGGCCUGUCCAUCCAUCUUUAGUGCUUUCUAUUGAUGUCAUAUAUCCAUCUUCCGCGUCGUCCAUCUGCCCAUCCUAUUAUCAUCUGUCUGUCCUGAGUUCUGUCCAUACGUCCAUCCUGCUAUCCAUCUGUCAGUCCAGAGCCCUGUCCAUCCAUUCAUCCUACUAUCCUUCAGUCCUGAGCUCUGUCCAGCCUGCUAUCCAUCUGUCAGUCCAGAGCCGUGUCCAUCCUGCUAUCCCUCUGUCAGUCUUGAUCUCCAUCUGUCCAUCCAUCCACCCUGCUAUCCAUCGGUCACUCCCAAGCUCUGUUCAUCCAUCCAUGCUUCUUCAGUUCCAUCCGUCCAUCCAUUCAUCCUCAUGACCAUUGGUGUGGCCUUCCAUGCAUCCACCUAUAUAUCCUCAGCACCAUCCAUCCAUCAGCUCAACUCCUGUCCCAACAUCUUGCUCAUGUUCUUGCCUGGUUUCCUGGCAGCACGUUCAGCCUGGCUGACUCUGAAGGCCCCUGUUUUGCUGUCACUGUCUAUAACAUGGUGCAGUGCUGGGGUGUGGUCAUCGGUGAUUUGGUGGCCAUCCCUGAGCUGCACAUCCAGCACCACCACAUCCAGCACCAGUUCAGAUUGGUCCUUAGUGCUGGAGGGAUUCAUAGGCCUGGCCCUGUGGGGGAGGAGGGAUAUGGGAAGUCACCAGAGAUAGUAGGUUGAAACAGGACUUUAGCCCUUCGUCAGUUAAAGGGUUAAUCCCCACCCUUUCCUCACGCCCUUCCCUCAAUCUGUUGUUU